CAAAAUCAGCAAAUGAACCUUUAACGCGGCGAAGUCACUUCGGGGGGUGAAAGCAUUCAUUCGGAAGACGUUAAUCCAUUAUUAUGUAUCCAUAAUGACGGUUAGCUUUGCUAGUCUUUCAAUCCAGGUAGCCGAGCGUCUCAAGUCCAGGAAAUACCAAAGGAUUUUGCUGACUGUGGUGGUGAUCUUCCGGAUCCUGGUCGUAGCGAUAGUCGGAGAGACGGUGUAUGAUGACGAGCAGACCAUGUUUGUCUGCAACACGCUGCAGCCAGGAUGUAACCAAGCCUGUUAUGACAAGGCUUUUCCCAUCUCCCACAUAAGGUACUGGGUAUUCCAGAUCAUCAUGGUGUGCACUCCCAGCCUUUGCUUUAUCACGUACUCAGUCCACCAGUCCUCCAAGCAGCGGGAGAGACAAUACUCCAGUGUGUUCCUCACUAUGGAAAAGGACAAGAGAGAGGACAACAAGAUUAAGAACACAAUGGUGAACGGGGCUCUCCAGAACUCAGAAAACUCCAUGAAAGGGACACAGGCAGACUUCUUAGAAGUGAAACAAAUACAAAAUUCCUCUGCCAGAAACAGUAAGAUGUCAAAGAUACGGCGGCAGGAAGGAAUUUCCCGUUUCUACAUCAUCCAAGUUGUUUUCAGAAAUGCUUUGGAGAUUGGUUUCCUCAUGGGGCAGUAUUUCCUCUACGGUUUCAAUGUCCCUUCUAUGUAUGAGUGUGACCGUUACCCGUGUGUUAAAGAGGUUGAGUGCUACGUGUCCAGACCAACGGAAAAGACGGUCUUUCUCGUCUUCAUGUUCGCCGUGAGCGGACUCUGUGUCGUCCUCAACCUGGCAGAACUGAAUCACCUGGGCUGGAGGAAGAUCAAGACAGCUGUCAGAGGGGCGCAGGAGCGGCGAAAAUCUAUCUAUGAAAUCAGAAACAAGGACUCGCCUCACCGAAUGGGGGUACCGAACUUUGGGAGGACUCAAUCCAGCGACUCGGCUUAUGUGUGAGCCUGAAAUCCCCCUCAGCCUCAUGCCAUUUCCUCAUGGCUUCAUUGCCAAGGUAAUGUUAGACAAUAUUGAACAUAAUAUCCCAAGGGAUGACUCUUUGGCUACAAUCUUGUAACGUUGCCCCCUAUCUUGGAAGCUGCCAAAUGGAAUCUAAAUAUUUGAACUCGGUCCUGAAUAUCAGAUUGAAAGCACUGCAUUUCCGCCUUGUCGAGAGGUAGCAACAAAUAACUGCUCUCACCUAUUUUGUUGUGCACUUUAAAACUUUCACAUAUAAGUAGCUCUUUCAAACGUGUAGAUAUGUAACUAGGACAAGGUUAAAACAAACCUUGCACGAUAUGUUUGCUGGAGGAUUGGAGUGAACGGAAUGGUUUCUAUCUGACAAUACAGAACAAGCCCGGGUACCCACAAUAUUUACACUCUCUCACUAACAGGCUUCCCAGGGAUAUCUAUCCAGCCAGCGGGCUGCAGUGCUAUCUCACUUGCUGUUCCUCGGUGAAUGGAAAUGGUAUGGAAUACAUUGCGAUCUUGCUUCAAGAUCACACGCAAACUGUGUUUAGAGGUGUGCGUUUUAGCACAGGUUUGUGAGUCCUGUGCACAGAGGGUAGAAUCUGGAGUAGACAACAGUUGUAAGUUAUACUGUGAUUACGAAUAUUGUUCAUUUAAAUGUAACCACGUACAGUUGAAAUGACGUCCUUUUAGACAAUCUAUUUUGUACCAAGCAACCCUAGUCUUCAUACUGUGAUUGGAAUAUUGCCCUGUAUUUGCCUAUCUGUCCCCACCGUCAACCUUAAAUGUACGGACAUCUUUGUAUCCGAGUUUAUUUGAAAUACCAUAUGCAACAUUUUUACAUUCUCAACGGCUAGCAGGCUGUGCACAAGUCAGAGAUUUGUUUAUUAUAUUGAUUAAUAUUAUUCCCUAUGCUUUGAGUAGUUCAUGGUGUGUAUAGCUGAAUGGAACAAAGCGCCUGACAAUCAGUGUAUAAACUAUUUCCCUUUUAUAAAAUUCAAUUCUGAUAACUGACAAAGCAAACAAAGUUCUCACAGGUCCCCUGACCAUUUUUAAUUCUUCAGUCAAUAGAUUGGGGAUUAAAACAGAGGUGGCCUCAUUUAAAACAAAAGAGCUAAAUUAUCUUUUCCUACAAUUACAUAACAUGAAGUUGUUUUUUAUUUGGAAGUCAAU